AGAUAACGUUCGGAAAUUAAGACCACUCGGAUCCGUUGCAGCUACACAGUUAAAAUGAAUGGCCAGAAAACAUGAUUACCGAGGAAGACGAAUAUUAUCUGAGAGCCUCCAUUUUACUACUGAAAGGAGGGCGAUUAAUGUCACAAGAAACUUUGAAUGAAAAAGUACGAAAGGCCGGGGAAGAUCUUGAUGUACUUCUAAAACAACACAAAAGGAAAUUCAAGCACAAAUUAGUAAAGGAACAGAGGAGUAAAUUGUUUCCAGAUGCUGGAGUAACCGACGUAGAAACAUGGGAUUUAGCUAUGCUUACAACGGUGUUACUGACUGUUUUUAAACACUCACUUAACGACGAUGAGAAAAACGACUUAAAAUCUAUAAAGUGUAUGAGGGAUGAGAUUUACGCCCAUACUUAUUCUUCGUCGCUAAAUGCCGAUCAAUACGAAGAAAUUCGGAAGGAAUUAGAAAACGCACUAACUUCACUGUCGAAACGGUUAAGCGAAAAGCUGAAAGACAGCUGUUCUAAGAUCAUUCAGGAAUGCACAACUGGCCCCAUAAGCCCAUCAUUAAUAGCAGAACUUACGAAACAAAUAGAAGAUACAGAACCCUCGUUGCAGGCUGUAAUGAACAAAUUGAGAAGCCAGAAAGAAUUUCUUUUAGAAAUGAAAAAAGAAGACGAAGACAAAUAUUUUCUGAGAGCCUCCAUUUUGCUACUGAAAGGAGGGCGAUUAAUGUCAAAAGAAACUUUGUACAAAGAACUGCGAAAGGCCGGGGAAGAUCUUGAUGUACUUCUAAAACAACACAAAAGAAAAUUCAAGCACAAAUUUGUAAAGAAACAGAUGGACAAAUUGUUUCCAGAUGCUGGUGGAACUGACGUAGAAACAUGGGAUUUAGCUAUGCUUACAACGGUGUUACUGACGGUUUUUAAACAGUCACUUAACGAGGAUGAGAAAAACGACUUAAAAUCUAUAAAGUGUAUGGGGGAUGAGAUUUACGCCCAUACUUAUUCUUCGUCGCUAAAUGCCGAUCAAUACGAAGACAUCCGGAAGGAAUUAGAAAACGCACUAACUUCACUGUCGAAAGAGUUAAGCGAAAAGCUGACAGACGACUGUUCUAAGAUCAUCCAGGAAUGCACAACUGACCCUAUUAGCCCAUCAUUAAUAGCAGAACUUACGAAACAAAUAGAAGAUACAGAACACUCGGUGCAGGCUGUAACGAACAAAUUGAGAAACAAGAAAGAAUUGCUUUGCGAAACGAAAAAAGAGAAGAUACCAGAAAUUAUCAUAUCAGGCGUGUCUGAUCUACUCGACAUGACUGCUAUAAAUGGUUUGGAGAAAGGGGAAAGAAGACUGGUUGAAGAAUGCCAAAAUAUAUGCGAUUAUAUUAAGCGGAAGUCGGAUGAUAUUCUAAACGUGUGGCCCGCUAUAGAUUGUGACGAUAACGACAAUAUAGUCUUUGUUUGCGAUAUAUCUAAGCAAACAAAACUGGAUAUUGACACCGGUUACAAUUAUGUCCCAAGAUAUUUGAACCAAUACAGCAGGGAGGAUACAGAAGUUAUGCAGCAUAGUUUGUAUAAAAGCAAAAAGUUAACCUCCGAUGAAUCUGAACGUCUUAGUUGCAUUAUCAAUAAAUAUGCAGAGACUCUAAUGGGCAAACAUAAAUACUUAUCUGUAAUUACGGCAAGUGCAGUCCGUUCGGAACACUACGGUAAAGCAAAUCGCGAAAUAAAGCCCGAAACUUGUAUUAUAAUGUAUGUCGACAGCGUCAAAGGAAAGAUUCCACUCGGUGAAGAUCGUUUCCCAGAGGACUUAGAUGGUGUGACGGUAGAUGUACGGGAAGGUGGAUUUUGCACAGCCGUUAACAUCACUGCAGACGGUGUGCACGAAACACUACGCAUGGGUUGCAAAAUAUCUGCAGUUCAGGACCAGUAUGGAACCCUUGGGGGAUUUAUAGACCAUCCAGAAUAUGGACUUUGUGGAUUUUCAUGUGCACAUGUACUAGUUGAUGAAAACACUUUAAGUACUUUGACGAUGACCAAGAAGAUGCAAUGGAAUGAAAGGUGGAAACAAGUUUAUCAACCCAUACAGUCUGAAGACGGUCAAAUUGGCAGACUGCUAGAAUGUUACUACGAUAAUGGUCAUGGGUACCAUGGUGUUGAUCUCGCUCUAUUCAGUAUAGACAAAAGACCGCCUGUGUCUGGUGAAUUCCCAUGGUUUGAAAACAAAUUAACAGAAAUGUAUUAUGAUGGAAAAGUUUGUGGAGAAAAACUGUUGUCGUUAACCGACGGCCGAGUAAAAAAGUUUGGAUGUGUGUCAAAUGUAACACACGGCCACGUAGGGUUUACUGAUACAGCUGUGAGAAUGGUUCAGUAUAAGCCGAAAACACUAAAGUCUUUUUGGCUCACCAGACAGUAUUCAGUCCAACCUUACGAUCAGAAUAAUCCCUUCAUCCGUUCCGGUGAUUCAGGUGCGCUAGUAUUCACAGAAGAUGCUACUGGGGAAUUGCUUUGUAUUGGAAUGGCAGUAGGAGUAAUGAAAGAUACGGGCGUUGGCAUAGUUACACCAAUUGCAUCGAUAUUGAAAAAACUGAACGUUUCAGGACUGAAAAGUUUCAAGUUGAUGCAAAAUGAUCGUAGUAUCGCUGAAAUAAAAUCAGACAUUUCAGAGAUAAAAGAACAAUCUAAACGAAUUGAAGAAAAAAUUGACGAGUUACUUGGCAUUAAAGAGGCCAGUAAAAAGUGAGGACUUCAUUUUGUUAGUACCACUGAAAGACUGUUUACAUACACUUACUUACUCAUAAUAUGACAUUAUGUACUUGUAACUCAAUGUGUUUUAACAAUUUACGUUAUCAUAUUUAGAUCUGAAAACAUGCCAAUGCAUUUCGGAACAAUAUUAUACCUUGCACUAUACGUACCAUAUUAUAUGUAUUCAAGUAUAAACAACUCUGUUCCAUCCCGAUGUGUUACAAAAUAAGGUCAUACAUGUACCUUAGUCAUUUCCUUUCCAUGUACGUAUGUAAAUGCAACUGAAGUUGCAACAUUGAGUUGAUAUGCAUAAAUUUGUCAAGUGUAUUUAUAGAUACUUCGAGAAGACAAAUCUUUUUUUUUAUUCUGGUAAACUCUUGAUAAUGUUAAUUAAUCAGCACAGAGCAACAUGCAUAACAAAAAGUGCAUUCUUUUGACAUUGUACUGGUUUUAAAACAUGUUCCAAUUUAAAAGUUGCAAAUUUAAAGCACUUUUCCAUAUUUUAUUUUAAGAUUAAACAUACGGUGUCUUAAACGGCAUUUCUAAAUACUGGAAACGUUAGAAAAUGCUGGUCACCUAAGAUAUUGAAUAUUUUAUACUUUCUUGCCUUGUAUAGGACAGACAACAAAUUGCUUUGUUUAUGAUUACGUAGCGAGGAUAUUAAAUACAGCUUAGAGUUUGUCUCUCCGACUAAGACCAGUUCACAUAAAAUUGUAAUUACUCACAACCGUCCCAUGCGUACUAUUAGGAUCAUUAUACAAUCAUCUGCUAUUUUCGUUAGAGCGUUAAUAUUUUUUUUACCGUUAGCGCUUAUUUUUCAGUAUCUUAUAUGAAAGUAUGCAUGUAAGUUUGCAUGAAUUCUAUAUUAUCCAAAAUUUCAUAUUUACUAAAAUUUGACGUUCUUUAACACUUUGAGUCAGUUGCAAUCGCGAGAGAUGAACAACUAGAAUAUGGAAUUCCAAAAAAUACUCGAUCUGCUGAACAAAAUAGUUUGUUUAGCAAGUGUUGGUGUUGUGUAUUGGUUGUUAUUAUGAUUUUUUUAAACGCAUAGGAAUACGAGCCCAUUAUACAAAAUCUUGCUAUGAUAUCAUUGUUAUAUUUUGUUACAAAUAAAUUUAUCUCUAAGUCA